CCGCACCCGGCUUGGCGCUCUUCGGUUUUGUCGAAAUAAUUCGCGUAAGCGGCCGUAAAGAAGGCUCACCAGCGAUGCAAACGAUUUUUCGUGAAUUGUCGAGAGUGACAGUAUCAGUGAGGUGAAGUGCGUCACAGUUUCACAGAGUUCGAUCUUUUUGGGCGUUCUGUACUACAAGGAGAGCUGGCGCGGCGCGCAUGAGAGGCCGCCUCUAGAAAAAGAGCGCGUCUCGCGCGUUGCGCUACAUUGGAGUACACGAUACUCGAGAAAGAAUCGGAAGGACUUUGGAAAUUGUAACAAAUAAUGCGUUGAUCUGAUAAGUAAUAGUGAUUAGAUAUAUGUGUAUUAUACUUUUCGAAAUUGCGAAUUAGUGAGAAUUUUCGACCGGUCGAACCGGGAGCGAGAGAAGAGGCUGGCGCGCGCCGAGGCCAGCUCGGGAAAAGACCGCGUCUUGCAGGUUCGCGGUGUGUUGCGGUGGGCUAUUGUGCGACAUAAUCGUUGAAGUUUAUCGACAUUCGCGGAACUGUUGUAUAUGUCACUGUAUACAGUAGAUGAUAGACCGUCAAAGCAUUUUACAAGUAACCCGUGCAUAGUGUCAACGCGUACGCGUACGCGGACGUAUACGGGGAACGCAACCGGCGGCGAUAUAUCCCGCAUGGUACGUAUACGCACGUAACUUGCACAUGUAACCGUGAUAUGUACGUGUGGCAUGCACAUUCGCAGAUUGUGGACUCGUGGAAUCGUCGUUUGGUCGCGUGUAUCGAAGUGGACUGUCGCGAAGCGCGCUUAACAGAGAGAUCCAACGCUGUGGAAAACUUGUCUGCGUGCGACGAGAGUGAUCGGUGAGAGGAGAGGUAUCCGUCGUUCGGCGAUUGGCGCGUGGCGUAGACAUUCGACGGUCACUUGGCACGUAUGUAGUGCAAGUAUUCCCCGGUUACUUCGUUUCGUCCCCGUGAAACAGGCAUUAUUUAUGGGUGCAUGGAUCGGUGCAUUUUCACGAGCGAAACAAAAGAGAAGGAACAACCAGUACGCGACCAGUGUGAAGACGGCUCUCUUUGUUCGGUUUAGCGAUAUUUCGAUAACGAUUUGUUCGAAUUUUAAAUCGUGUCUCACGAUUGCCGGAAGGAAGUUACGUGCGCGGGCACAAAAGUAUCACGACGUCGAAAGUGCGUGCAAAGGGUGUGAAAUGCGUCGCGCUGCAGUUCGAUGUUCGAUCCAGCAGCGGCGGACGACCUGACUUUGUCAGAUUGCCUCUCGACGUCGUCGCCGCCGCCACCGCCGUCGUCGUCGUUGCCGUGCACUUCUCGGCUUCAGUCCAACAAUGGAUCGGCGCAGCUGCGGUACGCGAUUCGAAAUCCUCUCCCGGUAGCGAACGAACAAUAGAAAGUGAUCAUUCGUGGACUCGCUUGUGAGCCGCGUUUAAUCGCUUUGCGCUCGGUGAUUAACGCUGAACGUUGUGAAGACAUUUCGCGCGUUUCGAAUGCGCCAUAGAUUUUGUACAUUAUUGACUUCGUCGAUCCGUGCAAUCGAUAAUAUUGCAUCACGUUGACGAGUUUCUCCGGUUGUGUUGCUACUUUUCCGCCAGCAGCAAUACGUUCAUAAAAUUAAGAACAAGACACAACAUGGUUCGGGGCAAUUCCUAUCGUAAAAAUGAUCGACUUUUUUAAUCUACGCAUCGUUUUAAAUGCAAUCAAGUGCUUUCGGUAUUCACGUGACGUAAUGAUAGAUUGAAAUACGUUUCUGACCGCAAGAAUUGCGUUCGCACCGCAUCGCAUCGCACGAAUGAUUUAGAAAAAGGAUGAAGAUUGUGCGAAAUACGGCAAAGUGAUACAGCCAGAAGCGGAUACACACGCGAUAUAUAGAAAUUUGCCGGUCGUUAUGACAUCACGCGCGAAUGGUACACACAUAAUAAAGACAUGCAAAAAGCACAGUAAAAAUCAUUUCUGCGAAUUGUACGUUGUUAUUGAACGUUAUACAAACAUAUACCGUGAAAUAUCGCAUUCUUGCGCAAAACGUUUUAUUGACGCAUAAUAAUGCAGCAACACCGGGUAGAAACGCAAAUACUCCACGAGGAGCAGAUCCUGGAGGCGAUAGACCAGUUGCGUCGACGUAAAGCGCGUCCUGACGCUGAUCGUAUUUGUAAUUAUUUAUUAAGGAAAUUUUCCGUAGAUGCACGAGACACUAUUGCAGAUUUGCAUCGGUUAAUUGAAGCGGAAAAGGUGAUACAGGUUGAUUAUAAAGGUAACACCAGUUAUAGAAAUGCUUCGAAAUGGUCGCGAUUACAGCUUUACAAAAAUCGGCCGGAGGGUUUCGUGAAGGAAAAAUUGAACUCCGGGAUGGUGGCGGGUGCUGUGGCCGAGCUCGUUGUCGAGGAGCCGGAUUACCUCGAUCAAGGUGUACCAGCUUACAGGUUGGUCGAGCAGUUGCUCGAUGGUGUUUCAAAUCCUACCUCUAGACGUAUGGUAGAAGAUUUCCUCGGGAAAGAAGUAGCCAGCGGUAAUUUGACGCGUCUGUCUAACGGCAAUUACUCGCUGGUGGCGACGUCUGACAUGACAACCACCGCCGAGCCAACGCAUCGAGAAUCAUUUACCCUCGAGAAUGGAAACGCGCGUCGCAAGGAAUUACAGACUGUUUCGUCGACGACAGGCGGGCUAUACGAUUUUGACGAGACAGAAAACUUGACGAUUACGGAUUCUAGGUCGAAUACGCCGAGAUCCUCGCGUCAAGCAAGCCCGAAGCCUGAUCCACAGAUUAGAAAAGAAGAAUGUUUCGAGAUAAUCGUUGGAAGAAACGAGAACACCGAAUCAUCGGUGGAACACGAUUCCAUAAAGGAACAUGAUUCUCAGGAACCGUCGCAAACUUCUAUCGAAGAUGUGAAAGAUGAUUCCAAGAAUACGGAUAAUCAGUCUCAUAACCUCAAAAGAUCAUCGAAGGCAGAGCGUAAACAGCGUUUACUUGUUCGAACAGAUGAUCCUAUGGACAUAGAGAUCAAAUUUGAGGAUUAUCGAAAAGAAAAUAAAGAAGAAACAAGUUCGCAAAAAGAAAAGAGAGAAGAGGCUGGACACCUUAGUGAAGAACGGGAAGACGAAGAUGCAGGAAGGAGUUCCACUAAUCCUUCGCCUACACCAUCCAAUGCUAAUGUUGGCGGAUUUCGUAGCGCUCGUAGAAAGAGAGCAAAAAAAGUGUUUGAUCCUUCUGACAAUAAUCUUGUAAAACGAAAGCGUGGAAGACAGCCGGGUUCUCAAAAUAAGUCUUCUUUGUCUCAAGAAACUCAAGAUACAUCCAAAUCAACUGUCAAAGACGGACCUUGUAGACAAUGUAGUCUUUGUGCCAAAGAAAAACAAGAAAGUUUGGUUGCUUGCAGAGAUUGUACUGUGCGAGCGCACCCAAGUUGUAUUUAUAGUCCAGAAGAAAUGAUCCAAAAGGCAGGAAGUAACUGGCAAUGUGAACGUUGCAAGAGUUGUACAAUAUGUUGUGAAACUUCAGAUGCUGGUCCACUUGCAACAUGUUUCACUUGCGACGAAGCUUAUCAUUAUUAUUGCCACACACCACGAAUAAUAAUUCCUAAAUCAAAUUCAAAGUGGCAAUGUAAUGACUGUAACCAAAAGCAGUAUAAAACAAAUCUAAACCAGAAUAUUAACCUGGUUACAAGCAGACCCGAUACACCAUCAAAUCCACCUGUUUUACCCCCAGUUUUAAGUCCUCAAGUUUCUCCUGCCAGAGGAUCCUCUGACCAAAUGGAAGAUGAUGGUCCAAGAGAUGGAAUUGAUCCAAACAUACCUGAUGCUUCAGAUUGGACAUCUGAACAAGUGUAUCAGUAUUUUGCAAGACUUUUUCCAAAGGAAGCCGAAGUGUUCAGGCAACAGGACAUUGAUGGUCAUUCUUUACUGUUAAUGAAACGGUCUGAUGUUUUAAGCGGGCUCGAUCUACUUUUAGGUCCAGCAUUAAAAAUAUAUAGGCACGUGUUAAAACUUCAAGUGCGAAGAGAUGACCCAAAACUUUAUUGGCUGUAAAUGCUUUAAAUACUUAAGAAGUUAAGAUAAUGUUUAAAAAAGAUAAACACUAGUUGUAUUGUACAGAUAAAUUCUUUUUACAUUUAAGAAUUGUGAAUAUUUUUUUGAUUCGAGAUACUUUUUCAUAUUGUACAUAUUCUAGUUAUCUUGAAUUGAAAAAAUGAUUCUUUAGUAUAAAAAAUUUCAAAAAUACUGACAAAUAACAAAAGGAUUAUUAAAAACUGAAAAAUGUUGUUUGUUUUCUAUCAAAGUACUUUUGUAUUGGAUAGUUUAUACAGCUUACCAUUGAUGUAAGUCCCCGUAUUAAUACAAUAGAAUAUACUUUUUGUUCAUUCACCGUAAUUGAUAUUUCCAAAAGGUGCUAAUUUUUUUACUUGUUAAAUGUUGACAUUAAC